AUUAUCAUUCUAAAAUUGACAGACCAAAUUGUUUCUCAUCGAAUGCCAUUUUAUUUCUGUUUAUUUAUUCACUAAAAUUAAUUGAAUUCAGUCGCAUGGAGUCCAGUUAUUAUUCUUUUAUAUAAAUGCCGUGACGAAAAAGUGUUGAAGAUGAGUAAGAUGUCAAAGAAUAAAUUGAAUUUGACCCUCCCACCAGGGUCUAUCGACACGGCCCCGGCGGUCAGCCCGUCUAACAUGACUCCGCAGCUGAAAUCUGCGACAGCUUCUGAGCGACAGGGUUUGGCUGGCAAAUCUAAGACCAGCAUAGAAGCCCUGACUGAAAGGCUGGAGCAAAUUGAGAUGGAUGACACCCAAAGGCGCAGAAUCGAAGUGUUCCUCUGCCAAAAAGAAAAGAUUGGGGAACUUAGUGAUGAUGACUUUGAGAAGCUUGGUGAAUUAGGUCAGGGAAAUGGUGGUGUUGUUAUGAAGGUUCGGCAUAAGUCCACUGGCCUGAUAAUGGCUAGAAAACUCAUACACCUGGAAGUGAAGCCAGCUAUAAAGAAACAGAUCAUCAGAGAACUCAAGGUGCUUCAUGAAUGCAACUUUGCCCAUAUAGUAGGCUUCUAUGGGGCUUUCUACAGUGAUGGAGAAAUUUCUAUUUGUAUGGAAUACAUGGAUGGUGGUUCGCUCGACUUGAUACUAAAGAAGGCCGGCAGGAUUCCCGAAUCAAUUCUAGGAACAAUAACAUCAGCAGUACUAAAAGGGCUGAGUUACCUUCGAGAUAAGCACGCGAUUAUGCAUCGAGACGUGAAGCCGUCCAAUAUUCUCGUCAACAGUAAUGGGGAGAUUAAGAUUUGCGAUUUUGGUGUGUCGGGUCAGCUCAUAGAUUCUAUGGCCAACUCAUUUGUUGGCACUAGGAGUUAUAUGUCUCCUGAACGUCUGCAAGGCACUCAUUAUUCAGUACAGUCUGACAUUUGGUCGCUGGGUCUAUCAUUGGUUGAGAUGGCGAUAGGUAUGUACCCCAUCCCUCCGCCGGACGCAAAGACCUUGGCGGCCAUAUUUGGCGGACAAAAUGAAGAUCAUUCACCAGGGCAGGCUCCGAACUCGCCACGUCCCAUGGCCAUAUUCGAGCUCCUAGACUACAUUGUUAACGAACCACCGCCAAAAUUGCCGUCCGGAAUUUUUUCCGAUGAGUUCAAAGACUUCGUCGAUCGCUGCCUAAAAAAGAACCCCGACGAGAGGGCGGACCUAAAAACGUUGAUGAAUCACGAAUGGAUCCGCAAGGCGGACGCCGAGAAAGUGGACAUAGCAGGCUGGGUGUGUAAAACUAUGGACCUCAUGCCUUCUACGCCAAAUUCUAACGUGUCUCCUUUUUCUUCAUAAGCUGCAAGAAGUGCAUACUUUCAUCAGCGAAAAAGGGUCAAAACAUAUCCCAAGAGAGAACGGGCGACACAAUAAGUGAGGACGCUGGCGCAGAGGAAUAGAAGCCCUGACACCAAGCGAUGACAGUUCACAGUAUGUCAACUCUAGAUACCAUUGUCCAAACAAACAGGCGAACACAACUAUUACAUAACGACAUUUAAUGAGGGACGUGGUUUUAAAACACUGUCACUAUCAUGUGCCUUCGCGGUACGUGUUUGUGAUUAAUUAAGAAAUAUCACUUUAUAUUUUAAUCAACUAAUGUUGCAGCAUAGACAAGUAUCGUCAUACUAAGUAUUGAUAAUUGUACUCUGUCUGUAACUCGUAAUAGUGUCUACAUGUUAUAAAAGUAACAGAUUUCUUGUUUAAUCACAAAUGUUAUUCAAAUAUCAGUGAUGGGAUGUUUACCAUAAUCACGUCUCAUUGUUAAUUAAAACUUAUCAAAUCACAAAACAAUUAGCAUUCUUCGGGAGAUACCUGUCAUCGAAUAAUGAAACUCAAAUUUAAUAAUUUAAUUUAUAGAAUUGGCUAAAAUUAAGGUAAAUUUUGUAGGAAUUAUUGAAAACAAUGUGUUACGCUACACUUUGAUAUCGAUUUUAAUGCUGUUCGGUGCGAUUUCCAAUGUAAUUGUAUUGCAAGUCACAACUUUUAAUUGUAAGCUAAAUUUAGCUGACAUAAAGCGUAUCAAUAAAAUAUGAUUGGUCAAAUUAUAAUGUUGUAUUACGUACGUAAUCCGUAAUGGGUUUACAUGUCAUUUUCUUUGUGUUAAUUGGGUACAUUGUGACUGCUAUGCAAUUUGGUUAUCGUGCAAUGGAAGUGAAAACUUUCCUUCUCAUAUACAGGCUAUAUGAAUACGUGAAAGUUGUGGAUUGUGAGUAACCGAUACCAAGGUGUCUGAAGAUAGAUAGGGGUAUAAUACUAAAACAUAGUGCAUUCGUGGACGAACUAAUCGAGGUUUUAUAACGAAUAAAAAAACAACUAAUCGAUUAAUGGUCAAGUAGAGUUGAUUUCACUAGUCGCAAGUCGAAAAAAAUGUUAGUAGUGUUUUGACAUAUUUUUCUUUGCUGAAAGUGCGUAAUUCAUGUCAGCUGGUACUUGGUAUUUGAAUAUUUGGACGUGCUGCAGUAAUCUGCACGCGCGUCCGAAGUACUGGAAUACUCCAACGGCCGCGGUGCGCGGGCGUGAGAGCGUUCCAGAACUCGCACGAACAUCUUUAUAACAUGUAAAAUAGAAUGCAUUUUUUAGACGACAAAAAAGAAAAAAAAUAUAAAAAAUAAAAAAACGUAGGUAUGUUUUACUAUUUUGACGUGAUGCACUUUUUACGUUUGGUUUGUUGUGUUAAUCGCUUCGUUUUAGUAAGUCCGCCAUUUUUUUUACCCUGUCCCGAGCACCUAGUGUAGAUAGUUACCACUUGAGGCUAAUUGUUGCUUCGAUGUGUUUGCGCUAUUGAACGAGGCACCAUUCAUUCGCGAUUUCAUUAUUAUAUUUAUGAUUUGUGAUUGUAAAUCAAAUCCCCGAGCUUCCAUUAUGCGGCGUUACCAUUGUUUUAAUCAGUUCACCUGCUUUUAUGACCUCUAUUUGGCGGACAGUUUUGUGUUAUCGAAUUGAUUAUCCCCGAAACUGUUGCGCCAAUGAGAGUAAUGUCGGAAAAGGAGACUUAUAUUUUAUUAGCUCCUGCAUGAAUAAUAUAUCUACGCUUGAGCUUAGCUUUGCAAAUUUUAUUUUGCCAGGUCUUCCUGUUAGAAUGGAUAUUGUUUAUUCACAUUUCCCAGAUGUUUGUUAUGUAUUCAUUGAGUGUGGAGUGUUACGCCAUUUUUAUUGUGCAUUUAUUUAUUUUUGUGUUACAUCAAGAUGCUUAAUUAUUAAGUAGAUUUAAUAUAUUUAAAAGGUGCUUUUAAGUUGUUGCUAAUUGAAUCAUACACACAUAUUUAUUGUUUUAUCUGUAAUUAAAUAAAUAAAAAAAAAUUAAACAAAAAAUGUUUUUUGUAUAUCAGUCUUCUCGUGUUUAGAUAGGUGUUUAAUUUAAUUCUUAAGGUGUAUUGUGUGUAAUCACCGUGAUAGGUUUAAGUUAAUAAUUAAUAGUCGAUGUAUUCCAAACAAAAUUUAUUAAUUAAGUCGAAUUAUAAAAGUCUGAUAUUUGGAUACAGUUCGUUUAGUUUACGGCAGUCUUCUAUUUGGCGUCAUCAUAAUAAAGCAACACACAUGUAUAUAAAGUCCACAUUGUGCUAAAGAUGUUUUAGAAUAAAAUCGUUACGAUACGAGUACAAGUUACUUUAGCACUAAUUUGUCUAUUUCUAUUGAUCCAAGGACAAAUAUUCAAAGUGAAUUAUUAUGUUUUAUGUAUUUUUCCUUUUUUUACGGUUUCAUGAAAAAUAAAAAUAAUCAGUAACUUGAAGUAUGGUUUAUGAUCUGAAUUAAAGAUUUCUUAAUUGUAUUCCGUUCAAUUUAAGAAAUAAAGUACAUGUUUUAUUUCUUAGUAAUUAAUUAUCCCAGUAAACGUCAAUCUACUAAGAAAACGACUGUGGAGUGUUUUGUAUUUUUUUUUGACUUAAUUUUUAUUAAUUAGAAAAAGUGACAGAACAUAGGUGUUACCUUUUAUGAUUAAAAAGUGUAUUAUGACAUAAUAAUAUAAAUUUACAUAUGUAUCCGUGAUUAUCAUGUUUUUAAUUUCAUUAUAUUAUAUUUUUUUAUUUGAUCGUUGAUAGCAUGAUCAUUUAUAUAUUACAUUAUUUUACUUUCGACUUGAACGAAUUGUUAUAACUCUUCCAAUUUGAUAAUAAGGAAUGUGAUAUAUUUAUUUCCAAAAAUAAUCACUAAAUGUUGACGCUCAAUGAAGAUUCAAUCAGUACAGCGAUUAUGGAUCAAAUUUAUUAAGUUUAUUUUACUAUAAUUUAAAAUAAAAAAAAAAAAAAACCUAAGAUAAGUUAAGAAGACACUAUGGUAACAGACAUAAUAGUUUUGACUGUUCUAAGUGUUUUCUAGAUAGAUUGAAAACCACAUUGUUGGUAUUAUGUAAGUAUGCCUACGUAUUGAAUCCUACUAUUUAUGUAUUAGAGAAGGGUAUUCAAAUCGACUCUGCUCUUCAUGUAUUAAAUUUAAAGAAACCAUUUAUGUAUUUUUGUGAUGAAUGUAAACGAUAAUAUGUAAGGGUUCUUUGUAGUUGAUUAUAGUCUGCUCUUGUUUAUUUGGCUUAAGGUGGAUUUAAGACAAAUUUGCUCCUUCUUCACAAAUUUUCGACUAAUUUCGCGACAUUUUUCUUGUUGUUGAUUAGUCUUGAGUCAUUUUCAAAACUUUCAGUAAUUUUACAUAAAUUUUUCUUGAUCAGUUGAAGAAUUACCACAUGAUUAUAUUAUUAUUUAGUGAAUUUCAAUUAGAAUUGCCAAUUAAUAGAGGGCAGACAAAGUUGCCAGUAGGUACACAGAAUAGAAAAAAUAGUAAAGUGCACAUGCCUUACUUAUGAUAUGAAAUUUUUAUAAUCAAGUUACCCCGAUUAUAAGUAAGAUUAAUAAAUUAUUUGAUAUUUUAUUGUAGAAUGCAUUGUUUUUGAAAUAAAGUAUCAUUUAAUUGUACAAUUAUUGUACUUUUAGAUAAGACAUUUUAUGAUUUCUAGAUACCUCUGGUUUGCUAUUGUUACCAUUUUUAAUCAGGUAGGCAAUGAGAUUGUUUCAUUCCAAGUUAUAUAAAAAAUCGAUGCAUUUUCUACAUGUUUUUUUUUCUAUUCUGUGCCAAUGAUAUAAUCAACUCGUAUUAAUUACUAGUUGUAUACUUUGUGUCUAUAGAAAUUAUUAAUAGAGAUUCGCAUCGACGAUCUCUCAACGGAACAAAACACCAAUUUAGCAAAAGUUGUACAGAUUCUAUGACGAAAUGUGUUUUAAUUUUUUCGAGAAAUAACUUACACAUCUUACAGUUCUGGUUGAGUUAUAUAUUUCACUAUAAUAUUUAUAUUUAAUACAUUUUAAUGUCAGUCAAUAUUUUUAAAAUCGCGUCCGAUGUCACAGGCCAGGCACACACUAUGCUAUGUUCUUAUUUAUUGGUCUUUGCUUACAUAACAUUCCACUUUUAUGUUAAAAAUUAGCUUGUCAAGUUUUAGGGAGGUAUAUAAUAUAAUGUCCUUGGAAAGAUGACAUUAUGCGCCCAUGGAACUCGCUGCCACCCUCUAUAUAGAGUGUUCAAUCCUUAGCUUCGUUUAAAGGAGAAGUCAAAUCAUAUUUUCCUUCACUAUAGUUACUCUUUUCCAUUCUUCUGUAAUUUUUUGACUCGAUUCAUCAUAUUUCCUUGUGUGUGCUAUGUAUGUAUUUAUAUGUAUAUGUUUAUGUAUUAUAGUAAGUAUUGUAAGUAGUUUAAUAAAUUAUGUUUUUGAUAUUUUUGUGCAGUAUAGGUUUUUGUAUUUUAUUGCACGAAAUAAUUAUUAAUUUACUCUUGCGCUACAUACUCACUUCUAUCUGUUCUCCUAUAACCAAAGGUUAUCUGUAAGAGAUUGCUCUAGCGAUAAGACCGCUUUUUAAACCUUUAUGUACAUAUUCCAAUCUGUAUUUAUGUUACUGUAAUUCACUUUAAUUAUUCAAUUGUCAUUGUAUAUUUUUAUGUUUCUGGUGCAAUAAAGAGUUACAUAAAAAAAUAAACAAUAAAUAAAUUAUUUUUCAUUAAUUUGUAUGUGUAUUAUUACUAUAAAACAGCGCAAUAUAUGAAAAAAAUACUAUAUGAAUACGUUUGUAAAAACAACUUUUUAUAAAAAAAAAAAAAAAACAAAUGCUUAUGAAAUAUUUCUGAACAACCCAAAAAUAAUGUUUACAAUUUUCUAAAGCUGAGAAAUUUUCACUUCUGACGUGCAGUCCUAUGACUGAUUUUUUUAGGCACUUAAUUUUAAAAAAACAUCUGUUUAUCUCUAUCUUCAUUACUAUUCUUUUUUGUUUUUGUGCAUAUAUUAUUAUAUAUAAGCACAACCUAAUGUCGGUGUUCAGGUCAGUACUAUUUUACCAUAGUUUGUAUCCUGAAUUGCCUAGUUGGAGAAUCCUGGAAAUUUUCUGAAGGAGUCCAAAUCUGUUAAAGAUUUUCUUUUUAUAAAUAAAAAUGGCAGCGCGUGCCUGGUCUGAUUUUUAAAUUUCGCUAAGCCAACGUAAGUGUAUUUAUAUAAAAAUAAAUUCGUAUUAUUUAUAGUUAGUUUCUUUGUAGUUAGAUACUUAUGUACAAAUAAAUGUUAAUUAAAAUA